CCCCCCUCCCCCCCCCCCCCCUCACCUUCCGUCGUAAUGGCAUCGCCAUCCUCCUCGCCUUCGUCCGCAGGCAAGCAGAAGGCUGCCUCGCCGGCGCGCCAGCCCAUCUUCCCUCGAUGGCCCGAGUCAAACGAAGAGUCAGAAUACUGGGAGGUGCCCCCUGAUCAUUUCUUGGCACAGCAGGACAAGGCCACCUCAAGGCUCUACCCAGCAUCUUCCUCUUUCCUCGACUAUGCCUAUCUCGACGAGCAGGAGGCACAGGCUGGGCCCAGUCGGCAGGCCUCUGCCUCUGACGGCUCUGCAUCGCCACUACCCCUCGCCGAGCUGGCUCGCUUCAUGGAAGCCUCAGCAGGGGCGCCGACGGCUGCGCCUCCCAUCCCUGUGGGCAUGCCAGACACUACUACCCUAGCCGGUGCCGAUUUCGACAUCGACGUCCGCUCCGGUUUCCUCCCUCCCGAGGCGCCUCUGGAUAGACUCCCAGCCGAGUUGCCCGAGGCUCAAUGGGAGCACAUGCUGCAGCAAGCCCGCAUCGUGGGUCUCAAGAUCAACGGCGGAGGUGUAGCGGUAGAUGAUGCCGAGAGGGCUCGAUGCAGGAGAUGGAGGAGAGCUAUGCGAGAGCUCUCACCUGUCACUCCCUCGCACAAGCUACGGACAGACAUUCGAUAUGCUAGAAGAGGACAUGUAGUCCUCACCUUCCUUGCGCACUUCUACAUCCACUCGCAGCCUCAAGCCACUCUGCUCGCUGAAAAGGGUGCCCAUGGCUCAAAGACGAGUUCAACCAAUCGAUGGCUAACUUCACUCUGGGCGGGCAAGCGAAACGGAAUGUCCAAUGAGCAGAUGGCACAGGAUGCUCAAGAUGCCCGAGAUGAGCUGGAGGGCAAGUAUGCUGCACGAUUGCCUGCAUCCAUCUCGGUGCCUCUUCUCCUACUAUCAUCUCAGCUGGACCUGCCGCCUGUUUUGACCUACGCCGACACUGUGUUGUGGAAUUGGCGUUUCAAGGACGCCUCCAAGGGACUCGUCGCUUCCAACCUCGAGAUUGUUGAGACCUUCUCCGGCGCGCCCUCCGAGGAUCACUUCUUCCUCACUAGUCUCCUCAUCGAGCUGAGGGGGGUUAGCGCCCUAGACAUCAUGCGGGUCUGUCUCGACGAAUGCUUCCUGGGAGACUCGGUCGCCAAGCGCCGAGUUGCCAAUUAUCUCGACAUCUUAGUGGAAGUCAUCGGCGAUCUGGAGCAGAUCCUCCGCGACGUCAGGACUGACUGCGAGCCGCCGACCUUCUACUGGGCCAUUCGUCCCUGGUUCCGAGGAGGUGACUCUUCUCCUCACCGGGUCAAGGGAUGGAUCUACCCGGCCAACGAGUGGGAAGACUCUCUCCCCUCUGAGUCCCUCACCCCGCGACUCUUCACCGGUCCUUCUGCAGGCCAGUCUUCACUCAUCCACGCACUCGAUGUCUUCUUCGAUGUCGAUCAUGCAGGAACGAAGGCUAGGGUCAACCGCCCACCAAGGAGGGCAGUCAAUCGCGAUGGGCAGGUCAACGCCGAUGCGACAGACCUGCCUGAAGACGCGACGUUCAUGCAACGGAUGCAACUCUACAUGCCUGGACAGCAUCGCCGCUUUCUGACCCACUUGCAGAGCCUACGAGCAGACGUCGCAACUGCGCCUCCUGUGCCUGUCGAGCUAAGCGAAGGCGACAUCCCCACUGGACCCGCAGAGGAAACUCCUUUGCGCCAUCUCGCCGCCACUACUCUAGCUUCCUCUCCCACGCACGCCCUGCCAAAGAAGUACGACGCAGCACUGGGUGCUUUGCGCUCCCUUCGCGAUGAGCAUAUGCGAAUCGCAACACUCUACAUUGUAUCUCAGGCGCGCUCGAAGCCUCCUCCGGAGUAUGCUGCGCUGAAUGCUGAGUUUGUUGGUGGGACAUUGGAGCCUAAGCAGCAGCAGCAGCUGAAGAGGAGAGCAGAGGACGAGGCAGAGGAGGAGCAGGCCAAGGCCAAAGCGAAAAAGGAAGCCGAGGCGAUGGAGGUGGAGGAGAAGGGUGCAAAAGGUACUGGAGGUACUAAUCUCGUGCAGUUCCUCAAAGCUUGCAGGAUUAAUACCGUUGAGACGCUCCUUGGGCAAGUUCAGGCUCAGGCUGCCGCGCUUGACGAGAAGGUGGGCGAGGAGGCCGCUGAUGCGGAUUCGCCAGGCUCCCCUCACAAGAGGCGAAGGAGCCAGUGAAAUGACGUGGGAAGAUGUCUUUAAGACCUUUAUCCCAUCUUGUGUAUAUACGGAGUGUACAAUCCCAUCAUAGAUAUGGCCCUGGUGCCAGCAUCACAUCAGCUUCAUUCG